AUGGAAACCUCAAGUAUCAAGAUGCUAAGAAUUCAAGCAUUAUCCACUCUUCAUAUGUCUAGAUCAUUCUUUCAGCCUAAUAACUUUUCUCUUGCUACUGCAAAACUUGACUUAGAUUUCAAUGUCCAAAUCGACAACGACAAUGAAGAAAUUUUUGAUAAACAACAAGGGUUUAGCUUUGGAAGCACUGAGCCCAAAGAAACACUUAUAUUUGCAGAUGAUAUCUUUGACAAUGGCCAAAUCAAACCAAUUUUUCCUGUUUCCAACAAUUCUCUUCUCAUUGAUUCCACAUUUGACGUUGCCACCUCACCUCUCCAAUCACUACUAAAGAAACCAUUUGUUGAGAAAAGUAAUAUAGUUUUCUCAAAACAGAAUGAUGUUCUGAACGAGUCACAAAGCGAGCCAUCACUAACUGCAGCGAUGGUGAAGGUGGACGCUUCAAAUGUGUAUGUCAAGAAAAGACACUCUACAAGGUUCUCAAAGAUGUGGAGAUUUUUGUGGCACAUAAAUCAAUGGAAAAACAACACUACAAAUGGCACUUUUGAUUUCUUGAAUCCUUCAAUGUCAGGAAGGUCAAAUAAGGGAAAGGUGGAAAAUGUCAUGGUACGGAAGGGAAAGAGCGAGAAGCGCAAAAUGAGGUUGUCAGCUCACGAGAAGCUUUAUGUGAUGAAUAGAAUGAGGAAAGAGAAAAAUAAACACAGGUCAUUCUUACCUUAUAGGCCAGAGUUGGUUGGGAUCUUUGCUAAUGUGAACGGAUUUAGCAGGAGUCUUCAUCCAACUCCUAAUUAA